AUGUCUGACGAAUUUCAUAACGCUAUGGGUCCUGUUAAGGAUGUUACACCUGAAAUUCAAAAAUUAAGUGAAAACCCAGAAGUUAUAUUCUCAGCUAUCGAUGCUCUCUAUAGAAAACACAACGAACAUAAAGUGCAUUGUUUCACAGAAGACCAUCGAGAAAAACAUAUAGCUAAUUGGAGAGUAACAAAAUAUGCUGAAGAAAAAGUUGCUUAUGGUAUAAAUUAUUUCUUAAAAGUAUCGAUUGGCGAGGGUUUCUUUCUUCAUAUGCGUGUUCAUCGUCAUCCAACUCAAGAGAAAUUUCAUUUUUAUGCUUUACAUGAAAUAAUUAAACAUAAUAUUGCAACAUGUGUAUUCACGGAAGAUGAUCCAUUGACUUAUUUCAAUCAUUAA